AUGAUAGAAAAAGAGCUGAAAGAAUUGAGCAAAUUGAAUUUUGACGACAUUGACGAUGAUUUAAUUGAGAAUUUAAGCAGAGAAUUAGCUGUUUACUUCAAGGAUGGAAAUAAUAAGGGUAAGUCGAGAAAAUGCGUUGUUUAUGCUUUUAGAAUCACUUGAAUCGUAUCCAGAAGAGUAUGUAAAGUUGUUUGGAGCGUUAAUAGUGAAGUCUGUGGCGUCUGGAGUGAACCCGGAAAAGUUUGAAGAAAAUUUGGCCGAUAUUGACAAGCUUUCCCCUUUAGUAACAUUGUAUAAGGUGAGUUUUGAUUUCUAAAUUGCUUAAUCGCCUUUAGGAGCAAUUCACUCACCUUAAAGGUGGGCUGGAGACCAUUGGCUGGAAAUACCCCAUGUUUGUGGAUGUUGAUUGGAAAGUUUCGGGUGUUAUGGAGGUAUGCUAUGCAGGAUAACAAGUCUUAUUCAUUUUUAGACCGAUUCUGCCACCGGGGUUAAAGAGCCUUUAGUUGAAAUGGAGUUCUCAUCAAUUCCCACGGGUUCUACUGACGUUGAAAAGUUUAAAUUUUAUUGUACAAAACGGCAAAUUCAGGUAUGUUAUCUUUGAUGUUUUCUAUUCUGUCUUUAGGAUAUGCAAUGGAAAGUGAAGGAGGCAUACAAUUUGUUGCAAAAGAUGUCUCAACAAUAA